AUGGACAAUUUUAUGUUAAUAUUUAGCUAUUAAAAUGACUUGAACCGCGGUUUGAUCAACAACACGGUCACUUGGUGUAGACAAGAGAGGGAAUGCGUAGCUGGAGGUGGCAAAUCUUUAGAAACAUGCGUCUCUUUUUGCGCUGGUUCCGGCUGUGUCCUAGAAGAGGAAACAGAAAGUCGCGUGGGAGAAUUCAAGAACUCUGGAGUUACGGGAAACUUUUCCUCAAAUCCCUGUACUACAACAGCCUGACAAAUUCCGACACUGUCCUAGACUGCAUCUUUGAACCGGUCUACUGGGUGGUAGACAACGUAACACGCUGGUUCGGGGUGGUUUUUGUUUGUCUGGUGAUUGCUUUAACCAGCUCCAUCGUCCUCAUUGUCUACCUCUGCGUGCUCCCCUUGAUCUUCAGCACCUACCCCAUACACUGGAUUCUGUGGCACCUGUGCUAUGGCCACUGGAACCUGAUCAUGUUGGCUUUCCAUUAUUACAAGGCCACUACCACUUCCCCCGGUUUCCCUCCACAGGAAAAGUGUGAUACACCAUCAGUAUCAAUUUGUAAGAAAUGUAUCGUUCCUAAACCACCUAGAACACACCACUGCAGCAUCUGCAACAAAUGUAUUUUGAAAAUGGACCACCACUGUCCUUGGCUAAAUAAUUGUGUGGGCCAUUUCAACCACCGGUACUUCUUUUCAUUUUGCCUCUACAUGACUAUGGGCUGCAUCUACUGCAGUAUCAGCGCCAAGGACAUGUUCUUUGAUGCUUACAAUGCUAUCGAGUCCUAUAGGAAUAUGGAUAUGCAUAUGGAAGGGGAUCCAGUGACAGGGGCUGGGCCACUCUUUAGCCUUCUGCCCCUGGGAUACAGACCUAGGCAGAGCUACUACCAAACACCUCCACCUCCAUACACCUUUCAGGAGAGGCUGUUUCAUAAGAGCAUCCUCUACUUGUGGGUACUUACAAGCUCGGUGGCGCUAGCUCUGGGAGGCUUGACACUAUGGCAUGCUGUGCUUAUUACCAGAGGAGAGACUAGUGUGGAGAGACAUAUCAACCGUAAAGAGACCAAAAGACUCAAGGAGAAAGGGAAGGUUUUCCGGAAUCCAUUCCACUAUGGGAGAAUAAACAACUGGAAAAUUCUGUUCGGUGUGGAGAAGAGAAGUCACUGGCUAACACGUGUACUUCUGCCGUCGAGUCAUGCUCCCUAUGGAGAUGGACUGGUGUGGGAUUGUCCCCCACACAGAGCCGAUCUGAUGGCUAUAUGAAUACUUACUCUGCUGCUUCAGACUGACAUCACAGCAUCACCUUUCAGCAGGGGCUCCCGGACUUAGGUCUGUAAGCGGAGCUCAGUUUGCAGAGGGGACCAUUUUUGCACUUCUCUCCCCACUACAUCUUACAUCUGGACUAUUAAGUCCUGUCUGUCCGUAACUUGUCCGUUACUAGUUAGUUAGUGUGUGUGUGUGUGUGUUAGAUGCAGAUGUCUGUGAGGUGAUGUUAAGUCUGUUAUUGAUUUUUGCUGAGUUCAAAGUAGUUGUGGUAUUUACAUGGUGCCAAAGAACAUCUUCAAGAUGACAUGGUUUUGGACUCAUACCGGCAUGGUCGUACGUAGAUCUCAGCCUGUCACGGCUCAGUUUAAGUAGUCGUGUGGUUUAUGGACACUUCUGUGUGGCAGUGAUUUUAGAAAUCUGGAAUUUUUGAAUUUCACAGAAUUGAAAUACAUUUUAUCAUCUACGCUUUAUGUUGUAUUUGAAAGUGGGACAAGAUAUUGAAGAGGUUAG